AUGAGAUUAUUAAUUUACACAGUUCCGAAUUUUGGAAUUUUAACGCUAAGACGUAUAAGUAACUUUUUAAGACUGUGGGUGUUGAGAGUUUGUCAACAAAGUGAGAAGCAUUUGGAUAAAAUGUCAAAUGUGGAUGAAUUUGUUAGAAGGGUUCACAGUGUUAUUUACAGUAAUGAUCCUAUUGCCAGAGCUUUGACAUUGAGGACACUAGGGGCUGUGGCUGGAAUUAUUCCAGAAAGGCAACAGGUUCAUCAUAGUAUUAGAAGGAGUUUAGAUUCUCAUGAUAAUGUUGAAGUUGAAGCUGCUGUUUAUGCUGCUAUACAGUUUGCUGCUCAGUCAAAGACUUUUGCUGUUAGCAUGUGUAACAAGAUCUCAGACAUGAUUCAGGGACAGUCCACACCAGCUAAUAUGAAACUUCAACUGAUUCCAAUUUUACAAUACAUGCAUCAUGACACAAGUACAGCUGCCAUGGUCAGAACUGUGUGCUUAAACUUAUUGCCCAGUUAUCCUGCUCAGGACUUCUUGUUAAUUACUUUGAAUGCUCUGACACAGUUAGCUGUAGCUACUUUGGUAGAUAUACCAAGUCAGGUUAAUUUGUUGCUUAAAUAUCUGCGCUCUGAUUCCCGUUGGCAAGUUAAAUCUAAGGCUUUAAAAGAUCUGCAUCUAUUGGCAAAACCUGGGGCUCAUUUAUGGCCACCUGGUAGUAUUGAUAGCUUGGUUGAAAUGGCAUUAUGGACUAAGUCCUCCAAUGUAUUGCUACUAACUCUAGAUGUAAUAAAUGUUUUGGCAGAAUCUCCUAAAGUGUGUCAUGACUACAAAAAUCCUACUUCAAAAUUACGCGAUUUCUGCUCUAGACACAGCUACUCCUCCAAUCCAAUUAUCACCACAAGAGCCAUUCAGAUCCUCGUUAAAAUUUUGUGUUAUUGUUACAAAGAAAACUUGGAGACAGAAGGCAUAGAAGAUGUUAUAUCAGCAUUAGAAACCUUCAUAUUGCUUUUAUUUUUUUCUGAAGAAAGGUACCCACAUCAAUUAAAGAAAGCCCUUAAGUGUUCCGUACAACUAUGCGAAGCUAAACACGAUCAUUGUAAAAUAUUUAUUGAGUUACUGGGGUGUCAACUUGAAAGUGCAAAUGAUGAUUCAAUUACAAGCAUUUGCGAGACUCUGGGUGCUAUUGGUAGUUUACAACCAGAGUCUUUAUUGCCACUUUUAGGAAAUAUUUUGAAGUUAUUAUCAGAAUUAUCAGAAAUAAGCUCUCCCACUGAUCAGCAAAUACAAACUAAAGUCAUUCUAUGUACAUUAGUGUUUCAGUCGUUAUGUGGUUUUCAGUGGGACACAGAAACUGCUGAAGUUAUUUUCAGAGUAACAUUAAACAAUAAUCAAUGGGCUAAUUACAAAAUCGGCCGAUCUGCUGUUCGUUAUGGCCAUCAUAUGAUCGCAUUGAAUAUUUUCACUAAAUUAACUGACCAGGUCAGUUCCGAACAUUUACAUUUCUGGCUUGUGUGCUUGAGAGAAAUGUCGAAGGCUGAGAGUUGUUUGAUAAAUGACAAAGGCAAAAAUAGUCUGGUUGAUAGAAUAAAUGAAGCCAUUGUGAAUUAUAAUAAGGCUAUAGCAGCACUUAAGGCAGCGAGUACACCAUCAAAUAAUCUCCAAUUUCAAGCAGAAUACAUGAGAAUUCGAGCAGAAUUUUUGCAAUGUUUGGUGCAGUUGUUGCACACUUGCAACAUAUUGUGCAUUGUUCCACCCCCCGCCAUUGCAUCGACUAUCGUACAGACCACAAGGGAUGAAUACCAAAGGCACGGUUAUAUCACGAACCAAAUUCGAAAAUGCGUGAAAGAUUUUAAAAAUUGCGGUGACAUGUACUGGAAGUUGUAUCAGACUGCUUUCGAUGCCGAUCCUGUCACAUUAGAAAACAUACAAAUUUUACAACAGACUUGUGCCGUUCUGGAACAUUGUAUUGAAAGCGUUUGUGUGACUGGUAUAAAAUUGAAAGAAGAAUCGACGAAAUUUAUUUCACAUACAUUGCAAACUGCUAAACUCGAGUCCAGACAACUUAUUAAAGGAUGCCAAGACGCAGCUAAAAUUGUGGAAAUAGUUACUGAAUCUAGUAAUCAACAAACCAUAACCCACAAGCAAACAGAGUUAAUUGAAAAGAUUGUGGAGGUGUUAAUAAAUACUUCUUUGCCAUUGCCACGCUAUUUUUUCCAAGUACUUCAAUCAACGAGUCUUAAAUUGGCAAUUUCGCCUCAGCCAAGGGUAAUGGGUGAAUUCAUUAGCGUUCAGGCAGGUUCUCAAUUGACUGUUAAAGUUGAGGGUGUCAUUCAGCACGGUCAAACUCCUGGAUUGUUUAGAAAAAUCGACGGGGUUUUGGUUACAGUCACUUCUCAAUUUCAGUCAAGUAAUAAGGGAAAAGAUCUAGACACUAAGAAUAUCGAAACCACUUCAGUAUUAAAUCAAACGGUUGUACCCCAUAAGGACUUCUUUGUUGCCCAAUUUUUAUUAGCUUUUCCACGUGGGGGGCAGUACGUGCUAGUUAUCGAAGCAGCGGUUGUCGAUAAGGAAGGAAACGUUUGGAAAACUGGACCGAAAUCUACCUUAACGGUAAAAGUUCCCGAAGAACCUAAACUAGCACCAAUUAAUAUGCCGGGUAUGACAGGCAGUGCAAAUGUAAUACUGAUGAAUGAAGACAGUAUGUUCAUUCGACCUAGCCAAAAGAAGAUAAUGUAGUUACUCUUUUGUAUCAUUUAAAUGUGUACAUAUGUAACAUAAUAAAAGACUGAAUUAAUAUGU